AUGAAGAACGAUUACGCAGAAUACGUGAAGUAUAUGAACAAAGCGGCCGGAAUCGCAGGAACUGAUGACAUGGGAGAAUUGUGGAGAUCGUCCUUCGAAGAGGAUAAUUUUGUCGAGAAUAUGAAACAGUUGUGGGAACAAUUGAAACCAUUCUAUGGCGAAUUGCACAAAUACGUGCGUCGCAAAUUGAUGGAAAUCUACGGUGACAAGAUGGACGCUGAUAACCCAAAUAUUCCGGCUCACUUGCUGGGUAAUUAUGUGUUACAACAAGAGCCUUGGAGCAAGAUCGGGCUGCCGGAAGAUUAUGUCGAUAGUCACGAGAAUGAUAUCAACGCACUCUACCUGAGGGCACUGGAUCGAGUGGCAUUUUUGCCUUUCGGCCUGUUGAUCGACAUGUGGCGUUGGGAAGUAUUCGCUGGUGAGGUCGAUUUUGCGGAUUGGAACAAACGCUGGUGGGAGCUCAGAGAGGAAUAUCAGAUGAUUGCGGCCCCAGUCGAGCAAGAUUUGGAUGCUUUCGACCCAGGUGCAAAGUAUCAUAUACCCUUUGACAGUCAAUAUAUUUCAUACUUCAUUGCUCACAUUCUGGACCUACAGCUGCAUAAAGCACUCUGCCAAGUAGCCGGUGAAUACGAGCCCAAUAACUCGGAAAAACCUCUGCACAAGUGUGAUAUUGAUGGAUCCACGGCAGCCGGUGAUCGUUUACGAGCUGGCUUGCAACUGGGUCGCUCCGAACACUGGUCAGAAGCACUAUGGGUUAUGACCGGCGAGACAGAACUGAAGACGGAUGCUCUGUUGGAAUAUUACGCCCCACUGUACGAGUUUUUAAAGGAGGAGAACGAAAAGGCCGAGAAAGGAGCGGCUGCCGCAGUCUCUCUAUCGACUUCUCUGAUUGUAGCAAUAACCGGCGUCAGUUUACUGUUGAGAUUAUUAAUGUGCGAAUAA